AUGGAAGACAUCAAUUAUAAAAGUAAUUAGCUCUAUCUUAACUUAAGUUGUUGUAUUGGGAGAUGCAGGAGUUGGAAAAACUUUUAUUUUAAAUAAGUAUGUGAAAGGUUAGUAACCUACAAAUAAUUCAUCUACAAUUGGUAACACAUAAUAUUAAAAUAAGGUAGGAAUUGAAUUUGCAACUAAAACUGUGACAUUAUCAGAUGGAGGAAAGAUUUAAGUUUAAAUUUGGGAUACAGCUGGAUAAGAAAGAUAUAGAGCUAUUACUACUAAUCAUUUUAGAGGAGCAGGAGGUGCUUUAUUAGUUUAUGAUAUUACUAAAGAAAAAACAUUUGAAAAUUUAACAAGAUGGAUGGAAGAACUCAAAACAGCAGCUAAUAAAGAUGUUGUUAUGUAUCUUAUUGGUAAUAAAACUGAUUUGGUUGAAAGACAACCUAAUUCUAGGAAAGUCACAAGAGAGGAAGGUUAAUAAUUUGCUAUUAAAAAUUAAUUAUACUUUGAAGAGACUUCUGCCUAUAGAGGAACUAAUAUUGUAUAAUGUUUUGAAAAAUUAAUUGAAGGUAAUUCUAAAAUUUAAUAUUACCUUUAGAAAUGUAUUUAAAGAGAAAUUUAUAAAUAACGCAAUAAGAAUAAUAAUAAUAAAAUACUUAAUUGAAACUUAUAGAAACUCCAAUGUGCAGUAAAUGCUGA